GGACCGCGCAGAACGAAGCGCCGGAGGGGUAGCCCGUGCAUGCGAGCCGUAUCACGCGAUAUCGGGGGGAAAGCGCAUAAGGGCUUUGGCGCCGCGUGUCGAAAGGGUGUUCGGCCGACUCGAUCCAAAGCUGGGCUGCUGCAGCGCGCACGGGGCAGCUUCGCCCUCCCGUCGCUGGGUAGCAGCACCGUGAUACUAUUGAUUUUGCUGCGAAUAAACACGCAAGUCGCCCAGCCAGCCAGCGCGAGCGAGAGAGAGAGAGAGAGAGAGAGAGAGAGAGAGAGAGAGAGAGAAAGAGAGAGAGACAGUCGCCAGCGCACAGCGCCGCAGAGCGAAUCGUCUACGAGCGAGAGAAAAGGAAUUCCUCGUACAUCCUUCCUCGUAUCCGCACUUCCGUGUCCGUUAGAGUAUAAUCGCCUCGGAGUGUACUGGGCUAGUGCUUAGCGAGUUAUCCGGCGAAAGCGCGAGGAUGUCGAAGAGCUUAUUGUGCGGUGAAAAAACGGGAGCACGCUCGUAGGAAGGAGGCCGAGGAGGCUCCCAGUAGCGAGGCUCCGGCGGAUCCUGUGCAGGCGGGCAUGCACGCGGAUCGUUUAUCGGGCCGCUGACCACGUCUCCGUUCUUGGAGACGUGGAAAGGGGGGAGCCGAACGGCGACGGCGGCGGUGGUGGCGGCGAAGAGCACAGCAGCAGCAGUGUAGUGGGGCGCCCGGCCGCGGGCAACUCGUCUACGUCGGGCGCCGCUUCGGAGGCCGUUUCCAUCGCCUCGCUCGAACUUGGAGCAGCAGCACCUGGUGGCGCCGGCCGCAAUCGCGCUGGCUCGUCUCGCCGCUGGGCCGCAGUCGCUCGUCUGCUGCGGCGCCUGCUGUUGGCGAUGUUCCUGCUGGCCGGCCUUUUGGCCGCUCUCGCGGCCCUCCUCUUCUACAUGGGACCGAUCUUCCUCGUCCAGCUCUGCGUAGUGGCGCUGGUCGCCUACUUCGUAGCUGGAGGAAGGCUCAGGUGGUUCGUCGUCGCUCUCAAGACGGCACCGCGCGAUAUCAAGGCAAUCAGCCGUUACGUGUGUUUGCUGUGGACAAUAAAGGGUCACGAGAAGAAAGACCGAAGCGUCGCCGAUGUGUUUCGACAGCACGUUGCUAAGAAUCCUACUAAACCAUGUCUCGUAUUCGAGGAUCAGGAAUGGACCUUCCAGCAAAUCGAGGACUACAGCAACAAAGUUGCCCAGGUCUUCAAGUCGCACGGCUACAAGAAGGGUGACGCCGUGGCCCUUCUGCUGGAGAACCGACCGGAAUACGUCUGCAUUUGGCUGGGUCUUAGCAAACUCGGCAUAAUCACUCCACUUAUCAACACUAAUUUAAGGAAAAGUUCACUGCUCCACAGCGUGAACGUAGCUGGAGCUCAGGCGCUGAUUUACGGUGCCGAUUUGGCCGAAGCCGUAAAGGACAUCGCGCCGUCUCUGGAUGCCAAGCUGGCCCUCUACCGUCUCUCGGACGUCGCGAACCUUCCCACAGACGGUCUCAAGGAGAAGGAACUCGGCAACUUCUUGGCGGACGCAUCGAGCGCAGCACCAGUCGUCCAGGACAAGGGCUGCUAUGGAGACAAACUCAUGUACAUCUACACCAGCGGCACGACUGGUCUGCCGAAAGCCGCGGUUAUCACCAAUUCCAGAUUCAUGUUCAUUGCCAGCGGUAUCCACUUUCUGGCUUCGUUCUGCAGCUCUGACAAAUUUUACACGCCUCUGCCGUUGUACCACACCGCGGGUGGUGUGAUGACUAUAGGUCAAGCUCUCUUGCACGGUGCCACUGUUGUAAUUAGGAAAAAAUUCUCGGCUAGCGCAUACUUCAGCGAUUGUAUCAAGUACAACUGCACGGUUUCGCAGUACAUCGGAGAGAUGUGUCGUUACAUAUUAGCAGUACCACCAAAACCAGAAGAUAAAAAGCACAACAUCCGCGUGAUAUUCGGAAAUGGACUUAGGCCACAAAUUUGGCGUGAAUUCGUCGCCAGAUUCGAAAUCCCACAAGUAUGUGAAUUCUACGGAGCCACCGAGGGCAAUGCAAAUAUAGUCAACGUCGACAACACGGUAGGAGCAAUAGGAUUCGUAUCUCGUAUUUUGCCAGCCGUGUACCCUAUCUCGAUUAUUAAAGUUGACACCGAUGGAGAACCAAUCAGAAACGCGAAGGGACUCUGUCAAGUCUGUGAGCCUGGUGAGCCUGGUGUCUUCAUUGGUAAAAUCAUUCCAAAUAACCCGUCCAGGGCAUUCUUAGGAUACGUAGAUAAAAAAGCAUCUAAGACUAAAGUUGUCCAUGACGUAUUUUGUAAGGGCGAUUCUGCCUUCUUGUCAGGUGACAUACUUGUGGCCGACGAACUCGGUUACUUGUACUUCAAAGACAGAACAGGAGACACUUUCCGCUGGAAGGGAGAAAAUGUUUCUACGUCCGAAAUUGAGGCUAUUGUCAGCAAUCUCAUUAACUACAGAGACUGCGUUGUUUAUGGCGUUGAGGUGCACGGCGCUGAAGGUAGGGCUGGAAUGGCGGCUAUCUACGAUGAAGACGGCACUCUAAAUAUUGAUCGAUUAGCGAAAGACGUGAAGGAGCAACUGCCCGUCUACGCAAGACCACAGUUUAUUAGGAUACUAACGAAAAUCGAUCUCACUGGUACAUUUAAGUUGAAAAAGAAGGACCUGCAGGUCGAAGGCUACGACCCCAAAAGAAUACGCGACAAACUCUACUACUUGGACUCGAAAGCUGGCUACCAGUUACUGACGCCGGACACCUACGAUCAAAUACAAGCGGGCAAAAUCCGCUUCUGAAGGGACAUGCGAACAAGCGGGAGGAAAGAGACUUCGCAGCGUCGCAGCUCGAUUAUGAACGUACAAACAGAAUCAAAAGAAAAACGGAGGAAUAACAACACUGUCCCAACACAAAUAAACUCAGAUGAAAUAUACACACAAGUGAAUGCGCACAGCAAAAUGCCAGAGAAUUGCCUGAUAACGACCUGUUGCGUCGCGUCCACCGUGCAAUUUUCGCAAUCGCUAAUCUUCCUUUUGUAAAUACUGUAUAAGUUUGCAUCAGCCAAGAAAAACUAUUGGUAGAUGCAUACAAAUGUAAAGAGAAAAAUUGGAUCGCGAUUGGAAUGACGAGUGCGCGCAAACUGUUCUGUCCGAUCAACAAUUAUGUGGUAGAACUUUGUGCUGGAACGUUAUUUUCAUAAAGCAGAGUGACAUCUCGAACAUUGGCAAGAUUUUAUCAUUUGCGAAGUAGGAAGUGAAUGGGCGAAUACGGCUUGAGGAGUUUCAUUGAAUUUUAAGAAAGAUCGACAUGAUACGAACAAAAAUUAUUCUGAUUUAUGAGAUGAGUGAAAAGUUCUACUUCAGCCUUUCGAAGCACGCGAUUACUCGACGAUCGCACAUUCGCUAAUGUAUGAUAUAACGAUAUAUUUUCAUAUACGCAUCGUCGUUCAACAAUGAGUAACAGAUGUAUGAAAAGAAAAUGCACCCUCGUCCCUACACUUAAUAAUUAUUCAAGACUAAGAUUUUUUAUGGAAUAAACAGCAUUUGUUUGCACGGAAAAAGUAGCUAAGAGAAUAAAUAUAGAAUUUGCACGUUUCAAUGCAUAUUCUGUAUGUUUCACGCACAUUAUCUUUCAAACGUUAAGUAUUCCUCUGUCUUGUUUAGAGAUCGUUCUAUCGAUGAUAUUUGUGUAAAUAACCGCAACAUAUAUUAUCCACUGAUUAAAUUAUUUUAGAUCUUGAAUGAUUUUUAAAGGCAAAACGGACAAGCUUAUCUUCGUCUAUAGCGAAAAUCCGAAUUUCGUGUACAGUUGAGCGAAUUGUCAGGCUUUUACCUAGAAAAGUGCAAAGUCUUUUUUGUAGGUAGUCGCUUAGAGCGUUUUCGUAAACUUAGAAUUUUUUUAUGGAAUUCAAAUUUUAAACAGAUUUAUAUAUUUAUGCAUAAUAUAUAAUUUUUAAAUCAUUAUUUAUUCCAUUAGGAGAGCCCGAAUGAUUUCACCUUUUCUUCCAAGUUUAGAUUUAGUUCUAAGCAUGUAUCUUAUUUUUAUAUUCAAUUUUCUUAGAGAUUUAAUAUGUCGAUUACGCGCAAGUGAAAUUCAAACACCAAGCUUUACAAGCUUUUUUCCGUUUCUAUACGUAACUGUGAUACGCCUGCAUCUUGCUAAACGUGUGACAUCUUUUUUGGUACAACGUUUAAUUUAUAUAUUAUUAUAUCUGUCCAUUUUACUAUAACAUUUGUAAACAGUGUUCCGUGAAUAUAAAAUAUAGUGCUGCUACAUCCAUUAUAUUUUGAAAAUAUAACAAUUGUAAAUUAAAGGCUAACUAUAUAUUACUCUGCAAUCUUAAAGCAAUUGAAAAUUUAGUGGUCAAUGUGUAAAAAGUAGAUAGCACGUAUAUUAUAUACAUAACAUUAUAAAGAAAGUAAAUUUCUCGAAUAAAUAAUUUGAAUAGAGGUGGGAUGCAAGUGUAAGAAGCUCAAAUAGUGCUAAAAUAGAUAUGGAAAUAAUAGAAAUGUUCAUAAGUUGCGAAGAUGUCAUCCAAAACAUUUACUGAAAAUAAUAUAGAAAAGACUGGUUUUGACAAAGAACAGACGAUUUUCUUGUAGCAUCGUAUAUGUAAAAGUUUUUACGAAUAUAUUAACGAAAUGCAAAGUAACUCAUUUAACACAUUCUGUCACACGCAGCAUAAAAGUAUUUAUCGUUUAGGCUUCGCAAUAUUGACAUAAGCUAUAUAUCUAUAAUUCAAUUGUUAAAUACAUGCAAAAAGUUGUAAAAUAGUGUGCGGUAUAUUAUGUUUAAUUGCAACGAUUAAGAAAAAAUCAACGAUUUUUCGUUCAUGUCUUGAUUCACAAUCAGUGGUGUUGAAGUAUGAAUUUUUAGUCUUAAGUGGCGCUGUCGGUGAUGUAGGUAGGAUCUCCAAAUGAAGAGUUAAUUUUUUUAUGACAAGUGGGGUAUUUGAGCAGCUUAAUGUUGCGAUAAUUUAGAAUAUAUUGUUGCUUGUUAUCUUUUUAGAAUAAAAAUUUUACCGUUUUUUAAUUACGUUCUUGAACCUUUUUGAUUCCAUCUAAAGCUUGAUUGUCCAUAUGAAAGUAUAAACCAACUGCGAAGAAUUGUAAGGACAUCUCGAAACGAUUUUAGAAUAUAUCAUGAUUUUACGUACUUAACACGUAAUACACACGUAAAUACAAAAUAAAGAUGAUACAUUUUA